AUGGUUAAUGUUGUCUUAGGUGCCCAAUGGGGUGAUGAAGGCAAAGGUAAAUUGGUUGACUUGCUAGUUGGCAAGUACGACAUUGUUGCCCGUUGUGCUGGUGGUAACAAUGCUGGACACACUAUCGUGGUUGAUGGUGUUAAGUACGACUUUCACAUGUUGCCAUCGGGAUUGGUGAACCCGUAUUGUCAGAAUCUGCUAGGUAACGGUGUCGUCAUUCAUGUUCCAUCGUUCUUCAAAGAAUUGGAAACUUUGGAAGCAAAGGGAUUGACUAACGCAAGAGGUAGACUAUUCAUCUCCUCCAGGGCUCAUUUAGUGUUUGACUUUCACCAACGUACCGAUAAGCUAAGAGAAUUGGAACUAUCUGGUGCAGCAAAGGAUGGUAAGAAUAUCGGUACCACUGGUAAGGGGAUUGGUCCAACUUACUCUACAAAGGCCUCAAGAUCCGGACUUAGAGUUCAUCACUUGGUCAAUGACAAUGAAGGCUCUUGGGAUGAAUUUGUCGUCAAGUAUAAUAGGUUACUCGAGACAAGAAAACAGCGUUAUGGUGAUUUUGACUAUGAUGCUGAUGAAGAAUUAGCCAGAUUCAAAAAAUACAAAGAAGAACUGAAACCCUUCAUUGUCGAUUCUGUCGUUUUCAUCCACAAAGCGAUUGCAGAAAAGAAGAGCAUUCUUGUUGAAGGUGCCAACGCUCUUAUGUUGGACAUCGAUUUUGGUACAUAUCCAUAUGUUACCUCUUCAAAUACAGGUAUUGGUGGUGUUAUCACUGGUUUAGGUAUUCCUCCGCGUACUAUAGAUAAAGUUUAUGGUGUUGUAAAGGCUUAUACUACAAGAGUUGGAGAAGGUCCUUUCCCAACUGAACAAUUGAAUGCUAAUGGUGAAAAAUUACAAAACAUCGGUGCUGAAUUUGGUGUUACAACUGGUCGUAAACGUCGUUGUGGUUGGUUAGAUCUUGUUAUACUAAAGUACUCCACUUUGAUCAACGGUUAUACCAGUUUGAAUGUUACCAAACUAGAUGUUCUGGAUACUUUCAAGGAAAUCCCAAUCGGUGUCUCUUAUUUCCUAAAUGGUAAAGAAUUGGAUUUAUUCCCUGAGGAUUUAACCACUUUAGGCAAAGUUGAAGUUAAAUAUGUUACGUUACCAGGAUGGGAUCAAGACAUAACAAAGGUCACCAAUUAUGCUGAUCUUCCUGAAAAUGCUAAGAAAUAUUUAAAAUUCAUUGAGGAUUUUGUUGGCGUCCCAGUUGAAUGGGUCGGUACCGGGCCAUCAAGAGAUUCCAUGUUGCACAUCGAUGUUUAG